AUGCUUCACUGUCCGGGGCCAACCUUUAAAAGCCUCCUCCCAGCACAAUCGCGAAAAGACCUCUUUCGCUGCUUUCCGGGUGCUAACAAGCAACACCAACUAAUAAUAGUUCCAGGGGGCCAAAUGGAAGUUGGCGCUUCAAUCGACGAUGGGACUAUUCGGCCAUUUGUCGGCCAGACUUGCUGCCUUUGCUCCCGAUUUUCGACAUUUGCUUUCGUGAAGUUGAUUCGAAUUGGCGCUGUCUCGAUCCACAGCGAGUACUUCUGUCCACAUCUGAUAUUUAUUCGCAGAAGGGACAUGCGCAUGUGGCAUGGGCCAAAUUCUAUGUCAUCGUGUCCGGUGAUUUGUCUCCAAAUGCAGGGAACACAAUCACAUGUGUGCGUUUCACACCCUUCGGAUGGCACAAAUUGUGUGCAGGCCCUCUUUAGUUUUUCUUUUGGAGUCAAUACCAAUUUGCUGGCUGGGCCUAUUUUGUCGUUUGUCAGUCUUCCCCUUGAGGCGAGCCACAAACCGACUGACAGCCUCGAAAACCCACUCAUUACGAAUGCACACAGACAAAAUCGCAACACAUUUGCUCAUCGACGUUGCCAAGGUGAGAAUGGAUUUGAGUCGGAAACCGAGUCGGCCUCGGUGCAGAACGAGAUGGAUGAGUUGGGCAUCUUCUGUCGGUAUGCCCAAAUCGGUCGACGAGAGGCCGAGCAGAAUUAUCUACCAAUCGAGACGGCCCAACCUCAUCGCCCUGACGCAAAGAAGCAUGUGAAGAAAUGUCGAGUUUCAAGAAAUGCCUCGUUUUACAAUUGUUGA